UCAUGUUAUAUCAGCAGGACUAAAUUAUGUUUUAGGGAAAUUUUAGAUUCCUGACCACUUUUACAGUCUAUAGGCCGAACCAAGGAGAGUGAUCGUGGAUAGGUCCGUACUAUGCACUGAAACUUUUAACAAUGCAACAAAAUAUUUAAAGAGCAUCAAGGUAUUCAAAUCUCUAUUUUGUAAGCACAGAUAAUAUAACAUUUUAUUAGUCAGUAAUUUUUACUAGGUUAAACAGUGAUUUGAUAACGUUUUUAAUUUAAGGCCCACCCACAAUUACUCUGGCCCAUCUAAAACUGGAAUCCUGGUGCCCUGUCUGGUUAGCACUAGCUACCUAAUUUGAAUUAAGUGUCAACUUCUAAUAGUCUCGUGCAGUUUCAUUUCUAGGGCACUCAUCUUGCUAUGUUUGUCUUCCAAUGUUUUCAUAGCUGCAAACAUCACAGAGACAAUGAUGAGCACCCUGUCUCGUGAAGACUUGCGGGAUCUUUUCCCAGGCCCAGAGAACUUUAUACGGAGAAAAGCGGUCUGGCGUGCCUGUCAUGAUGUGUCGGAGGAGGAGUCUGGCCAAGAACACUCAAAAUUAUCGGGCAGUUCCUCCUUCAAUGCAUCACCCAUGCGACAGACAUCCACUCCUGUGAACGCAAGUCCUCCAAAGUGCACAACCCCUGAAAAGGUUGUGAAGUUAUCCUUUCCAGAAUAUAUUUUGCACACCGACACAGACCUUGAGCAAGUCCGACAACAGUACUUUGAGUUGGCGAAGACAGGCAAACAGCGCAACUGCCAGAUGUCAAAGGAACUCAGAUGCCGGCUCAUUCGAAACACCAUGACCAGUAUGAUUGCAAUCCUGAGGGCAAAGGGGGAUCGAGAUUCACACAGAUACCCAUCAAAGCCAGAAAUUACUGCAAUGGCAAAGAGAAUAGUACUGUACUACCCCAUGCUGCAGGACCAAGGCCACCAUACAUGGCUCACUGUGUACUCACAGCUAUACAAAAGAUUGCAAAAUGUGAGAUCCCCCCAAAAAAGAACUCCAGAUGGGAGACAUUCAAAGAGCUCUACAAAGAGGCGCUGUCUUGAGCAGCCAACAGACAUAGAUGAAAUGGAUUCAAGUGACUCAACAAUCAUUCUAGAUGGGUCCACAGAAGGAAGUGGCAGCCCAGGCUCAGACCCUAAAGAAAGUGAUUUAGAAGGAAACAGAAGACCCCAAUUCCUACUUAAAGAAACGCCCUCUUUCCUGCCCAGUCCUGAUUGUCGGUCCGUCCAACUGCCUCCUAGCGGUAGGAGAUGUGGCAAUAACCACCUUUCCAAAAGACAAGCUUACUGAGAGUGCUUUAUACCUUAUGGCCUACUAUUACACCCUACACCUGACUUAUCCAAAGUGUGUAGCCACUCUGCUUUCAGUCAUACAGACGGAGGUCCUCUUAGACAAAAUCCAUGAGAGAGAUCUCACAUCGUCUUACAAGAAGAGCAUGGCUGAGUGGAAAGCUUUUAUUGGCCAAUAAAAGCAGUGGUCAUAUAGGAUAGCACUUCCUCCAAGGGUACUAGUGUUCAUUUCUUGGUCAGAAUUUGGCUAAGUUAGCCCAGUGUUCAUUUGGGGUGCACGACAAUAUUUGCCAACAUGCUGAUAUCCUAUGAUGUUAUGCUAUAUUUUGUGUUGUUUGCACAAUUCAGUGCUGAUUCUGCUUGGUUUUAAGUUAAUUUUAACUUUUCAGUUAAUAUUGAGUUUAAUAAACUAAUUGUUUGU